AUGCGACAGUGGCCGACAAGCAAGUUCGAAGGCCAUAUCGUCGGACUUGCAGGUAGAUGGCUGGAACCCAAGCGGACUUUGGGUGAAACACAUGGAAGCUGUUGGACUGAGAUUAGCUUUGGGUUUCCUGUCUUCGACCGCGCCGAGCGCGAAACUGCAAUUUUGGGAAGCCUGAAGCCAGAAGAGCUCUUGAACCUCUUUGAGAUGCACUUGGCACCAGGCGGUUCUGGUAGAGCCUGCGCUGUCACGGCGGUGGUGCCAUGGGCAGUCGGCGAAGUGCACAUAAACGAGCUGUGCGAGUCCGUUUCAAAGUUUCACCUGACAGUCUCCACGGUCACGUGCGAGCAUGACUUUCACUCUCGAAGCCGGUUCCAUCAGCGCAGAGAUGGAAGCGCUGUGCAAGCUUCAAGCAAGGUGGUGUGA